UACUUAUAUUAUUUUAUUAGUUGUACUUGAUUUAGUAAUAAUUUUCGGUGUUGCGUUGUUAUACAAAUAAAGUGAAAGAAACUUUAUACAUGGCACCAGAUUUUCCAGCAAAGGAGAUUAACGGUAUAAAUUUAGAAAAUUACUAUCCUAGUCAACGGUGUUGUAACUCGGUGUCUUAUAUUCAUAAGAAAUUCUUCAACAACUCUAAGGAAACGGUUCCUGUUGUUAGUCAAAAUACUGACAAACCUGAUUUAAAAAUUAUAGAUCGCAAGAAAACAAGACAUAAAAUACCUAAACAAAAUAAAGGAAACAAAACUGAGAAGGAUGUUGAUGAAACCAGCGUAUGUAACGACGAAGUUUUAGGACAGACUAUAAGAUUCGCAAAAAAUAUAGUCCCUAUAGUCAUUCCUCCGAGCGCCAACGAUAGGUCUCCUGUUUACUAUACUAUAAAAACCUCAAGAAAAUCAAGGCUCAGGAAUAAUAAGUCGGGAGAUUAUCCUGUCACCCAGGAUUCUAAGACGUACAGAAAGCAACAAGAAAAGAAAAUUAUCGAAACAUUUCGUAAAGAAAAUUUCAAAAGCCAGACAGAGAGUUUCAGUCAUGAAUCUAUUAGCAGAUCGUCUGUAGAAAAUAUAGUCAUCAGCCAAUCUCUUAACAGUUCUGUUUCUGAAUUAUCUGCGAGAAAAGUAAGAAAAUCGCGUCAUAGUGAAAAAAGAUUGAAUAGAUCUCAUGUUGCCGCAUCUGAAUCUUUGGAGGCUUUAGCUACUGAACUAUUGCAAACAUCCGGUGAAGCUAAGAUAAAAAUUCAUCUCAUGGAUGACACGGCUAAAGAUCUUUUCUAUGAAUCCAUCCGUAAUCCAGUCAUAGAAGCGAUCAGAGAAUCCGUAGCAGAAAUAAUGUAUUCCAAGGAAGAAGAAUCUAAAACUGUGCAUAGAUAUGUGCAAUAUAACAAUCAGAAGUUAGAUAAUAUUUUAGAUAAACUAGCAUGCAUUGAAAAAAGAUUAGAUAGUGCUGAAACGAAAGUUAAAAUACGUAAAGAAAGAUAUAAAGCGUCCGCUCUUGAAGAAAUAGGUGAGGAUAUGGCAGAGGGGAAUGAGGAUUCUGAAGAUGAAAUGGCUAUUGUUUACAACACUGAAGAAAAACGGAAAGGCAGGUGCGCUAGUGGUAUAGUUAGACUUAAUCCUUUACAGAUAAUAAAAGAAGCAAGCCCUUGUAGUGGUGAUGGAGAAGUAAUAACUCAAAAGGCAGCUCCUACAAUUUCAUCGCGUCCCGACAAAAUUCCCACUAGGUACUGCUGGACAGAUUCCGCCAACCAAUAAAGUUGGUUGAUAUUAAAAAAGUUUGUUUUUGUGUGAAAUAACGAGUAUAGUUGAUGUCGACAUUCGUCUGGGGCAUGCCGAGCGCACGGGUUGAUUUUUCAAGGGUUGUGAACAGUUUGAAGAAGUACUUUUAUUUGUAGAAUAUUUCUCUUUUGCAUGGCUGUUGCGGAUAUACC